AUGUGUCACCUGCGCAUGCGUUGACGGAUGUUCAAUUUUAUGGGACAGGAUAAUCAACUAUCGGAGUUGCGUUCUGAGUGAUAUUCUAAGCAAAUAUGGAUCUGAGAAGGGAGCUGUGGCUCUGUUUUGUUGUUUCUAUAGCCCUAAUAGUUACAGUGUUUGGAGACGAUCCCAUUGUCAGUAUCCCGAACACAACGCCAGGGGUGGAUCCGGUUGAUGGAUACAUUAAGUGCCCCAAGGAUGAGGAUGCCUUCCUCACCUGUGCCGUCACCAACAAACCCAUCGACAGCGACGUGAAGUGGGUGGUGCAAGCCUCAGGUGUCCUCACCCCCAUCAGCACUGAUCUCAAUAGCGAGGACCCCUUCAAGUACAGCUUGGAGAAACCCUCGCCCACCGCCUGGAGGCUCAAGAUUCAGAACGUGCAGGUGACAGACGAGGGCCGGUACACAUGCAGAGUACAGACAGGCUCGCAGAUCUACGUCCAGGCCGUAGCAGACAUCAAGGUCACAGAGGUUCCCAGGAUAUCUGACCUUGCGACCAGCAGUGACACAACGGUGAAGGAGGGCGACAGUGUUCUGAUGAGAUGCAAUGCCACUGGACGCCCCUUCCCCGUCGUCUCCUGGAGUCGGAUGGCUGGGGAGCUGCUGCCAAAUGGUGGACAGGAGCUGCAGGAUAAUUACCUGAGGAUCCCAAGUGCCAAGGCUGAGCAUGCUGGGAUCUACAAAUGCACCUCUAAGAACUUUGCAGGCCAGGACAACAGGAAUAUCUAUCUGCAAGUGAAAUUUUCACCCAGUGUGAUGGCACAGAGUCCCAGGGUUGGCCAGGCUCCUGGCUACUACAAGAGUUUAAUCUGCAUCGUCAAGGGCUACCCUGUUCCAACAACUGAGCAGGUGUCUUGGUCGCAUUCGUUCAACCCCAUAUACUCCGAGGGGAGAUAUGAGAUUACGAACAUACCUGGAGCCUACAACCGCAUCACGAGCAUCCUCACUAUCAAGGGUGUGCAACCAUCGGACUACGGAAAUUUCAAGUGUGCUGCUACCAACGAACAAGGAGAUGGAGAGACUACCAUUGAGCUUUAUGCCUCUGACCAGCCCACACCAGACAGAACCGGAUUGAUCAACAGUCGCUCGUCUGCUCUUGUCAUCAGCACCACCACAGUGCUGAUGCUGCUUUUCACCUGUCUUCUCCAUCGUCUCAACUUGUGAAUGUGACACCAUCGCUAACCGCUCAACUCUUCAUUGGCUUAUAACAUGAUGCUCUUCUGUCAUCUUUUGAUAAACCAGGCACUUAUGAUUGUAGUGCUGUUUGGAAAUUCGUGCCUGAAUUUUCUGACAAAACAACACCCAGAUCACAUUGGUUAACAGUGAACAAAUUUAAAAUGUAACAGAAAUCCAAAUUUUCAAACUAUCAUCUGAUAACAAGCUUGCCUUUGUAUGUUUUUAUGCCAGUGGAGAAAAUUGUAUUUUAGAUUUUGUUAAUAGACAUAUCUAUGUAUUGCCUUGUGGCUGAUAGCUGUACACCCUACUCCAGUAUCAGGGUCUGAAGUGUAGGUAACCAUACAUUAUUACAGUAUUGUUUUGUGAUAAAUGGCUAUACAUCGAUGUACAACUCCUGUGAUCAUACAAAAUGCCAUCUGUGCUGUUUGAAAUUUGGAAAGAAAUGAUUAUGGGUUGUGCUUCACCUGCAACAAGGAGUUGAUAUAAACUGAAAUAUAAGUACUGAAUCAGAUACGAAUAUGGAUUGUAUCAAGUCCAACCAUUGUAGCAGAUCCUACACACAUUAGACAUAAUGAUACAGAGAUAAUCUACUGUGUCCUGAUGCAAGGUCCAGAAUGCAGUACAUCGAUUUACAACCCCUGUAUCGCAUUGAAAUCCAUGCAUUACGUUACAAGGUGUCCUUCUGAGGAAACUAAUGAUAACAGAUAGUUGUUUUUAGUUAAUUCUAAACAGUAACUCAACUCUCGUGAUUAAUUUUUGUAAAAAUAUUUUUAAGAGUUCUGAAGUCCUGUCAUUCAGGAUUGUGAUUCACCUGCAAAA